CUAAUAAGAAACUCUCUUCCAGGGCGUUUUCCUGUCACGGAAAGCAUUUUGCGGUCUUCUCCUCGAUGACCUGGAAACGGACAUGGUCCUGUUGAAGAACUCAACCCUAUCAUUGUUUGCAGCUCAGAAACGGAGUAGACGCGAUGCAAGUUUACCGGUUCUUCUGCGAAGAAGAAAAGAAGCAUACAUCGUUAUAGUUGCGAUGCCGACUGGGCUUGUCCUUUCAUCAUGUGGUCCGAACUGUCUGCAAACAUCGGCAUUCUCUCUUUCUUACUGCCCCUCUGAGCCAAUUAACGCGUGCCGCCUCUGAGGGAGGGAGAGUAGUACGUGUAAAAAAAAGUUGGGCUCACGGGCGGGCUUAUCUACAUCGU